AUGAAUUAAUAUGGAAAUCCUUAGUACUGGGAAGACAGAUAUUAAAGGUAUUUUAAAUUUUUUUAAAUUUGGCAUAAAAUUAAAAAAAAAUCAAGAGAAGCAGACCCAUUUGAUUGGUAUUAAAGAUUUAAAGGACUUAAAAAUCUAAUUUAAUAAUAUAUUACAUCAGAAAGUGUUAUAUUAAAUGUAGGUGCAGGAAGUUCAAGUAAAAAAGAAUAGCAAUUUCAAUAUAUAAUUAAUAUAUAAAAAAAAGAAUUAAGUGAAGAAUUAUAUGAUGAAGGAUAUUUAAAUAUAACAAAUAUAGACAUUUCAUAAACUGUUAUAAAAAACAUGUAAGAAAAAUAUAGUGAUAGGGGGGAAACAUUUAAAUACAUUUGCAUGGAUGUUAAAUAAAUGGAAUUUUAAUAAAAUUCUUUUGAUUUUGUGAUUGAUAAAGGAACAUUAGAUUGCAUUUUAUGCGGAGAAAGUUCCACAAUAAAUUCUUCAAAAGUUCUUUCGGAAAUAUAUAGAGUUUUAAAUAAUAAAGGAGUAUAUUUUUUAAUUUCUUAUGGAUUACCUGAAAAUAGAAAGAAUAUUUUAUAAAAACCUGAAUUUUAAUGGCAUGUUACAGAAUAUUAAAUUCCUAAACCAACAAAGGCUAUAACUGAAGAUUCUUCAGAUAAAUUUCAUUAUGUUUAUAUAUGUUAAAAGGAUAUAACCGAAGAAGAGCAAUAAAUAGAUGAGGAAAAAUGA